GACUCCACCGCGGCAUGUGUCGUAAGCAGCGCGAGUGCCGUGCUACCGGGGAGAUCGGAAGAAAAGUGUAGCAACAUUUUACAUCUUCUGGGCGCUUCGACGUAGGGACAUCACUUGCGUUCAUGGACGCUCAGUGUGCGAGGGCAGCUUUACCCAGGCGAAAUGGCCGCACAGAGGCAAUAGGACGAUCCUAGGCUCCUCCAAGCCAGUUGCCAGCGGAUUUCACGCGUCUGAGUCAGGCGUUUCUGCCUGAUUGGUUCGACGACUCGGAGUGUGAUUUGCAGCAGGAGCCGCAUCGGAAUGACACACACGUUGGACCGGGAACCGAAAAAGGAAAACGGGGCGUGGAAUGUUCCUGUUUUCUUCCUGCCAGUGGUUUGGAACGUCUCCUAGUUGCAAGUGCCAGACGUGCAUCGCAUGGAAGACUCCGAAAUGACUAAACCUUGGGUGUUUCUUUCCAGAUCAUUAUAUGUGUAUCUGGCUUCUUUUCGCGCUCGGCGGCACGAAUUUCAUAUUCGGACAUCCCAACAUUCCUGUCUCGAUCCCACGUUUUCGGCAGUAUGCUUGCGUUGGAAACUAAAUUGCGAGAGCCUCCAUGUUAGGAUCUCGAGUCACGCUCUUCGGGCCGCCAUGCGGGGGGCUUUUGACAGUGUCUUGGAAAUGUUCGGCGGCGCUUACGUCCACAAUUCAGUAACCUGGCGAACUCGCAUCGACGAUGUGCAAGGGCACAUGGGCCGCCGGCGGAGCUGCGUGCAUCUGUCGAAAAUACCUCCUUGCCAGCGGUGAGCCGGCUCAAGAGUGAGGUAGAUCGGCAUUUGUCGUUCUCCGUUCUCCGUUAGGACAGAACGAAAGUAUUCACGAUCUACGAACCCUCCCAAUCUCUGAUUGCAUCUCCAAGAUGGGUGUUACGGUCUUUCUUCAUGGAAUAAUGUGGUUCAUACGCCGUGCAUUGAAACAGCUCCGCGGCCUUGGUUGCUGACAUAUGGUUCAUGGAAAUACGCCUGUGGCUUUUUCACGGAUCGCAUGAAGCCCAGAAGUAAUGCGAACGAAAGAUCUCUGCCCGAGCACUCGGACAACAGCCAGAUCGGGGCGACACCGAGCCGCCGCUCUGCGCGAUGCUGGAAUCAGAUCAUGUGCGGCCUUCCAUUGCCUACUGGCUGAAUUGCAGUUGAAAAAGAUUAACAACGGCUCCACAUGAUUCGUCCGCGGCGGUGCAGCUUUUCUCCGCAGGGAGACGACUUCUGUUGCCGACCCAGAAGACCUAUUGCUUGCUUACUUCAUCGCUCUUAGAACGCAUGGAAUAGAGUCUGAUGCUAGUUCGGUGCUUUACGGACGAUGUACCUGCAGAUCUGUCUUAAAGCUGGAAUGAUACAUUUGCCGC